CAGGAGCAAUGGCAGCUUACAUUGUAUGUGAACGGCUAGCUUGACGCUGAUUGUGUAGUGUUAAUGAUCGAUUUUUAGACAUUUUCAACCCAUGAACGAGACGGAUGAGUGGUGGAUUGGGACGUAUACAUUUUUUAAAAUGUCAGCAACCAAGUGCUAGUGACCGAUCCGUCAAACCACUAACCAAACCGAAACCACUUAGCACGGCUUUAGCAUCCUCGAGACCGUUCGUGUAUUUUUCUCGCUAUUCGUAACUCCCCCGACUCUCACCCGGUAUCAGCUGCUCUCCAUGCCCGAGCAAGGCCCGAGAAUGAACAGCUUCUCCCUCGGCGAGUUGUGCUGGCUCUUCUGCUGCCCGCCCUGUCCGAGUCGCAUCGCGGCCAAACUGGCUUUCCUGCCGCCCGAGCCCACAUACUCCGUCCAUACGGAUGCAAGCGGCGCGACCAGCCUGCAUCUCACCGAGCGCGCCGACUGGCAAUACUCGCAACGCGAGCUCGACGCCGUCGAGGUGUUAGUGACUCGAACCAGCCGCGGAAACCGGGUCGGCUGCAUGUUCGUCCGGUGCGCUCCCGCUAGCCGCUACACGCUGCUGUUCUCUCACGGGAACGCCGUGGAUCUGGGCCAGAUGUGCAGCUUCUACAUCGGCCUCGGCUCCAGGAUCAACUGCAACGUGUUCUCCUAUGAUUACUCGGGUUAUGGGGUCAGUACCGGGAAACCGUCCGAGAAGAACCUGUACGCUGAUAUCGAAGCGGCCUGGCAGGUGCUGAGGAACAAGUAUGGCGUGACUCCGGAAAACAUCAUCUUGUAUGGCCAGAGUAUAGGGACGGUGCCGACGGUGGACCUGGCGUCCCGUUACGAGUGCGCGGCUGUGAUCCUCCACUCUCCCCUCAUGUCCGGCUUGCGUGUGGCCUUUCCCGACACGCGCAAAACCUACUGUUUCGAUGCCUUCCCGAGCAUCGACAAGGUGUCAAAAGUGGCAUCUCCAGUCCUGGUCAUCCACGGCACAGAAGACGAAGUGAUCGAUUUCUCCCAUGGCUUGGCCAUCUACGAGCGAUGUCCGCGCGCCGUGGAGCCUCUGUGGGUGGAAGGCGCCGGGCACAAUGACAUCGAGCUUUACGCUCAGUACCUCGAGAGACUCAAACAGUUCAUCACGUUCGAGCUGGCUACCUCCUGAAGACGCGGCGCACAUAAGCUCACACGUGUCGUGUUGGGUUCCCCUUCACCCAGGGCCGAGGACGCCAUCAGUACUUGCACUUGCAAAUGAAAAAAGCUGAAGUCUCUCUCUUGGUAUUUAGGAGCAGGGCGUUUUCAUCCCUACGGGGGAAAUGCAUUUUAAUGAUUUCAAACCACUUUCUAUUCUUUUAUACUUGAUGAAGAAACGUUGACAUUUUGCACCGCAUUCAAUAAGUUGCGUUUGAUUUUAUUUUUUCUCUUGUUUUCGGUGAUGUUUUUUUUUUAUGCUCCUCAAGGGUUAAUUAAACUGCACUUUUAUUGUGCAGGUAUUUUCAGGUUAUUAUAUAUUUUUUGAUGAUCUUUUUUUGGCGGGAAUUGUCAUAGCAUUCCAUUUUAUGUUUCAGGUAGAUUAGUACAAGAUAAACCAGUAAUGACUUUUUUACAUGGCCAGUUUGUUUGUGUGUGUGUGUUUAGGCGCGUUCAUACGCACUUGCGUUUGUGUGGUAAAGGCCGCUAACAUUUCGGUCAAAAUAAUUGUAACUUGGGCUAAUUAAACUGGAAGACCUGUGGAAGUGACUUGACCCAUAAAUGAUGAAGACGUACCGUCUGUUACUUCGAAUACGGUGGGAAAGAGGAGUCGUGUUGUCUUUUCAGCGGUGAAACAUGGUGCUUUGUCACAACACAGCAUUCAGGGCAUUGUUUCGGCUUAAACACUACAUUGUUUUAAUCGUGGGUUGUAUAAAAAAUGUGAAAUUUCAAGCUUUCUCUUUUGCUUUUAGCAUUGACCUUACAAUAAGCCUUAUGUUUUGAGACAUUUCGCUCUGACAUUCCUGUCAAUGAUUUCUCAGAACUGGAAUUUUGAAGAUUUUCUCUGGGCUCCUGCUCGCUGCUACUCUAAUGGGAAAAUCACUGUGAAAACUGAACCUUCGCUAGAUUAAAAAUAAGGUACCACACCUCCUCACCAUUUUGACGUUCAUCCUCUUUUCCAGACAUCGGACGAAUAAAAAAAAAACAGGAAAAUAAUUAUUCAUUCAAUGUUUUUCCCCUCCCAUACGGCAGAUGAAGGACAGUGUUUGUAGACAUUUCACCAUAGCACUACAUAAGAUAAUCAGAAGUGUUUUCCAUUCUAAUGAAGGAUGUCGAUUGCUACCAAACCGGUGCGAUCGUCUGAUUGUAUGUUUUUAACACAUAGCAGAAGUUGUUGUCGGUUAACUUGACUUGUUGUAUUGCUGUAAGGUUAUGCCGUGGCGGUUCAUGUAUGUUGUUGUUCGGAGAUGAAGCUCUUUGACCUCAGUGGACUUGAGACACUUUUUAAGGCAUGGCAGAAACUGACCACAUCUGAGCCCGUCAUUGCUUUUGAUACUGAUGUUUUUACAAUGUUUUUUCAGUAAUUAUUAAUAUUUACACCUCUUUUAAUGCUGGUUUGUAAGAUAACCGUACUGUACACCCUCUCUCUCUCUCUCUCUCUCUCUCUAUCUCUCUCUAUAUAUAUAGGUAUGUAAGAUAUGAAGUAAAUGGUAUUUAGCUUUGAUUUUUAUUGACACUGGAAUCACAGUAUGCAAAUAUAAUGCAGAGAAAACCCUAGUUGGUACAGACACUAUUGUGUGUAGGUUUCUUUUUGUUGUUUGUUUUUUUUUGUUUGUUUUUUUUUUUUUAAAUAUAUCUUUAAAGCCUUAAAUGUGCCGCGAGACAGAUUAUUGUUCUUUCUGUUGGUUGUUGCUUCAUUGCAACACAGUGGUUAUUGUAUUGCAUAUAAAGGAAUAAAGGAUGCAUGGA